AUUGAAAACAGUUUCUACUAAAAGUUCCUGCAAGUUAGCAACAAAAUAAACUAGUUAGCAUAACCAAAACAAAAAAAAUAGUGAGAAGAGCUUAGCAAUGGAGGCUAGUACUAAUACUGUGUUGAGAUGUGUGGCAUUGCUAGGCAUGCUUGCCCUUUCAUCAGCAGUAGACCCAGCUCCUCAAGAGCCAGCUGCUCAAGACGUAGCUCGUCAAGACCCAGCUCCUCAAGACCCAAUUUUCGCUCCAAGCAAAAUAAAACUUCUAACGUGUGGCAAAAAGUGUGCCAUCUCUUGCGCUAUGAGCUUAUUCAGUCCUGCAAAAUAUGUAGGGUGCGUCACACUUUGCAUGGCUGCCUGCAAGAUUCCGUCGGACGAACAAAUUUCCAACGUACAGGAAACUGAAACUUCCGAUGCUACCUAUGGUUGUACUCGUAGUUGUGUGACCUCUAUGAGCAAUGUCAUGACCACUAAUGCCAAACUCUCCACGAGCAAUGAGAUGACCACUCCUGCCAAACGCUCCAUUUCUGAUCUUCGUCUCUAUGCUGAAGGCUAUGUUGAUUCUUGCUUCCUGAGCUGCAACAAGAAUAAUAUACUUUUUUAGAUAAUUUAAUCAAUUGCAGGGCAGUAGCAUGUCAGCUUCAGUGCCUUGUGUAAAUAUAAAAAAAAUGAAUAAUAAUUGUAGGAGAUUUAUACACGUAAUGUAUAUCCUGCAAUUGUACAUACUGAAUUUGUUUUGAUCAAGAAAAAAAAUAACAUUAAGAAUUUUCUAGUUUGUUUUUAUUCGUUAUA